CCAUACCCCAGUUACGAGGAGCACACUGCCGCGGGGAGAUGGGAGAGAUCCUCCUCCGCCCUCAAUCACAUAUUCUGGUCCCUGGACGGGCCCCUCGAGACUGCCAUCUCCGUACUCUCAAUCCAGGAUGACGUUGUUCUGAAGGAGCCCAUAUACGACCAGGAGAGUGGUGAAUGGCACCCUAUCGCUCAACUUCCUAUCAGCGAGCCCAGGCUAUCUUCCAUCGCUGUGCAGGUGUUUGAGCUCGACGAUUGGGAAGAGCAGUGGCUUGGAUAUCACGCGGAGCACGAGGACCUGCGCUUACCGGUAGCGCAUGGUGACGAUAACGACGACGACAACGCGCGAGCUGAUAGUACGGAGCUGCUCGAGUGUUGUGGGACGGAGAUACCCCGAGACAAGAGUGUCACGGUACAGGUGGCGGCCUUGAAUGACGGCCCAGACGGUGGUUUUGCCACGAUCCGCGACUAUGUGACAGUCGUCCACCCAUGGCUGAUGGGAUUGCGGGGAGAGCUCCUUGAA